UCAAAAACAACAACUCUUUCAGAUUAGACUUUGUCCUGAUCAGAUCUUGGAUACCAUCCUAACUUGAAAGACUCUGGACGACUAAAAAGGAGAUCUUUUUGUGCAGAUGAUGGUGUGUUUUAUCGCCACACUUGGUCAAAUCCUUUUGUUGGGAUGCAUCAGCUUUACAGCAGCAAAUAGCAAAACUUGUCAAAUAUAUGCUGCUGUUGGGGAUAGUGUGACACUGGCUUUUAAUUAUGAAGGACUGGCAAAGUCACAUACUUUGAGAUGGACUCAUGGCACCAUAAUAAUUUUCCUCAAACAGCAAGGCAGAGUGACCAUUGGAAAACCAGAAGACAUCACUACAACUGGAUCUAUUUUGCUGAAGAGUGUAAAGUUGCAAAGUGAAGGGACUUACCGAGGAGACGCCCUGCAUCCUAAUGGUACUCUGGCUAAAACUUGGACUGGUCAGCUUUGUGUGAUGGAAAAAGUAUCAAAACCUCGACUCAAUUAUAUCUGUGACACCAACACUGUUAACCUUAACUGUCAUGUCUCCAAGCCUCAGGGUUUGUUUUUCUCAUGGACACUUGAUAAAACUACCUUAUCAAGUGAAACAAGACAAACUCUCAGCAUAUCUUUGAGCCAGCUGAAAGAGAAGAGCAGCUUUUCUUGUAGCGUGGCAAACAAGGUGAGCGCGGAGAGCAGUGAGACUGUUCAGCCAAUAUGCAAAGCCCAUACGCUUUGCUUUAAACCCAACAUUGUUCUCGGAGUGCUGGCAGGAGGAGCAGUUCUGAUUUUUGUUCUGCUCAUCAUUAUCACAGUUUUAUGCUGCUCAUACAGGCGCACCAAAACUAAAAUGCAGCUCAGUGACAAAGGGGAAUUUAACCUGCUUUCUGUAAACAAGGGAGAGGCUGAGUCUAUCACAAUGUAUGAGAAUAUACACAAUGUGGAGAGCUGUCCAUCCCCAAGUCCACAGCCUUCACCAAGAGCCUGUUACGAGAACAUCUCCAAGCUGGAUGUUAAGACUGAAACUAAGCCUCCACAGCUGUCCACAGCUGCUGAGGGGCAACAACCGUCUCCGGUGCCGAAGCCGAGGACAAAGAAUGCCAAGACACCAGACAUCUGAGUUUAAAGAUCUCAUUCAACACAAGAAGUAGAUAUGAAGCAAGUUGAAGGCGUGAUUAUGUGCAUUAGGAAAUAGUGAAAAUCAAGCAGGAAGGUACCUGUUUACAGGAAAAGAAAGGGAUAGAAUUUUAUUUUAGACUGUGGGAUUGAUUAUGUUGCAUGAUUUAAAUAGUAAUGUGAUAUGAAGCAUAGGUGGUCUAUUUUAGUUUUUCUUAAUGAACUUAGUUGUUUAGUUUCUUUUUCUAUUUUUAUUUACAUUUUUGCUAAAGCUAAGCAUUCCCACAGUAAAAUGCUGCCACCACCAUGUUUCACUGUGGUAAUUGUGUGUUCAGGGCAGUUUUAAUGUUCCACCAAACGCAUCGUAUUGUAUGUAAGCCAUCCAAUCACAGUUCUUCCACAUCUUUAUUGAUUGCUUGUUUAAAGGGAAAUUCUUUUUUGAGGAAUUGCUGGUCUGUUUUUGUGGGUUUUUUUUCUACUUUUAUUCAUUUUUUUCUCUUUAUAGUAGUUAACACCAAAGACAUUUGCUGUUUUAUUCAUGUGUGAGAAACUUAAACUGUGGCUGGAUUAGUCAGAGAACCCCUGGAACAGUUUCAAGUGAUCAUUCUGGUACAUUAACAACAAAACGUACAUUUGUAGGGGUUCUUCUGUGACUGCAAGGCUUGUUUUUCUCACUUCCUUUUUUCCUUUAACCUUAUUUUCUUAAAUUCUUGUCAUCUUAAUAAAACUCAUGUGUUUAACUGCCAA